CGAUCAGGUAGAAGAAGACAUGUUUGUGAGUACCGCCUUACCCGCGAAGGGUGGCGCCGCGAUCUCGAUGCAGUCGCUGUUGAAUCCGUCGAAUGAGUUCUCCCCGGCCAUCAAGGAAGAUCCGUCCCGAGCAUCGCGGUCGUUUCCGCCGACCCAACUCAACAUGCUCGCCCCCCGAUUAUCAUCAUCGAGCAACUUGCCGCCCAAGACAGAGAACCGAGCGAGCAGUGAUCGCAAACGGCGGCACGAGAAGGCGAAAGCGCGCUACAACGAGGAAAUGGCCGACCUGCAGGACAAAUACGAUUCGUUGGAACUUCAACUGCACGAUUUGAACCUAAACAAACGACAGAAGAUUGAAGGACAAGCGCAGUCGACGUGGGAAGGGUUUGCGCGGCGGCAAGCGUGGCAGCGCCAGCAAUCCAUGAUCGAGAACACACGACUCAAGUCGCGCCUGGAGAUGCAGAUGUCGAUCAUCCGCGACCUGCAAGGGGUGUUGACAAACCAACCGCUCCUCCUCGAGUCGUCGAUCUUGGGGCCGUCCGACAUCCCGUACGUGCACUUGACUGUGGAUCCCCGCGAGAGGAAACUUGCCGUCGACGCCAUCAUGCAGAACCAACUGGCGCGAAUGCAAGAUGUGUUUGCGGAAAACGGCAUGUUGCGCACCCAGAACACGUGGAAGCAGGUGUCGGUGCGCUUUGACGAAUGCUCCAAGGAGCUUGUGUUUGAGAUGUCAUUGUCGUUCAUCUUCAACGUGCCCAUCGGCGAUCUCACCUCGGGACUCAACACCGUCGUGACUCCCCGCGUCGACUACUCCGAGUACUCGAACGGAUAUACCUCGUUGCUGGAAACAUUCGAUUCCAAGACUCAAUACAUCCGACGCGUGUACACGCUGGACGGCGCGCCCGACGUGCACGUGAACUUUGUCUUUCACAGCUUUGGCACGGCCGAUUCGUUUGUCUGGAUCGGCCAAUCGGUCCUGGAAGACGACGUACACCCGAUCCCGGACAACGUCCUCCGCUCCCGCGAAAGCAUUUGGUGCUUGGCCGAACCCAUCAGCCCCACCCAGUCGCGCCUUCGCAAAGUCCGCCAUGUACACCUGAUUCCGCCCAAAGCCAAAGACUUUGGCGACGUGUGCGCCGUGGGCAAACUGGCCGAGAUCCUCGUCAACUGCUACGCCGCCAACACGGAGCUCUUUGCGCAACUGGUCGAAGCCAACGUGAAAAAGAACUGCAGCGCGCACAAUCCCACGCUGCUGAUGGAGUCACCGGGCCCGCUGAUUCAACUCAAUCAGUUUCACCACACUGAAGUGUCCCUUCGCACAACAACGUAAUAUGGAUUGUCGCGUUAACCUUUUAAUAUUAUCACCAGUUUACACAAACACGUGUG